GCUGCUUACUGAUUCGCAAAACUCAUCAAGUGGGUGGUGCUUUUUCCACGACGAGCAGCGUUUUGCACGGCUGAGCUUGGUUCAGUUAUGAUGGGGUACUCUGCAAAAUGCCGCGACCUGAAAACCCGCUGGGAUAGGGAAAGGUCCAAAUGUAUACAGUGUGAUUUCAAGGCAGGUCAUGAAGUGACGCCAAACUGUGGGUAUUCAGACGAUGGAGGAAGACAUGACGCACCCUUUACCCAAUGCAAAAAUGGUACUUUUAAUGAUGGCCACUUUGCAUAUUGUCAGGUUUGCAAGUCAUGUGUGCCAGGGUAUAACAUGAUCAGCCCCUGCACCACAACUACUGACAGUCAGUGCGAAGAAUUAAGAAUCCCAACGACCGGCAUCCCAGUGAUAACAAGCUGGGGACCCAUUUUAACAACAAAUUCAACUAUGGUCCUCCUCCCCACUGGCCCUGAUAAACAUUGGGCAUUACCAUUGGCAAUCCUGAUAGUCAUCUUGCUUGUUGUGUUAUCUGCUUUUGUAAUCUAUAUGAAGCGGAAUAGAAGAGGUCAGGAAACUGUGUUGGCUUUUAACAAAAGAUCAUCAUACAUGAAUGCAGGCUUCUCCUCUCUCUCUGCUGCACCUAGUAACAAUGACCUCGAGGACACAAGCUCUGCAAUCAUGUCAGCACCUUUACAGACAGUGCUGGACAACUUGGAUGUUCUGGAGGAGCUGGUGAUUUUGUUGGAUCCAGAAAGCCAUGCAGUAAAAAACACCAAACAUCUGGCCUCUCUUUGCUCCUUCCCCGCCACCUGGAUUACUUACACAUAUUCUAUGAAAGACAGUAAGAGCCCUCUGAAAGCUGUGUUGGAGGGAGUCACCAGCAGGCAUCCUGAAUGGACAGUGGGGCACUUGGCUAAGCUGCUCAGACAAAUGGAGCGCAAUGAUGCCAUCGCUCUUCUCGCCAGACUGAGAGUAAAUGACAUGGACGUGUAGUACUUCUUCCACCUUUAACUGCUCACUUCACGGGAGGGCUCACAGAUGUUUGCAUUGUCUGAUCAUUCCUAAAGAUAAAAAGUGUACUCAUGACAGGAAUGAAAGAAGAAAAACAUUGAGAAAUUGAUUUGAGGCAGAAAAGUUAAAAAUUACUCCAUUUGUGAAAACAGCUGUAUGUCUUCUGUAGCUCCUAAAAGAAGUUUGGAAAGAAAGAAACUAUGUAAACUUUUAUAGGCACUCAAUAGUAUACUCUAGUGAGCAGUAAAUUGAGAUUUGGAACUUUUCUGACAUUAAUAGGACAGGAGGGGUCUACUGAAAGUUUCAUUAUAGGAAGUGUAGUGUUUGUUGGAUCUUGAGGCAAAUCAGAAUGUCUCAGCUUCUCGUUCCAAGUUUGAUCAUCCUUGACAUACUUUUGUCUCUUGUGAGUUUUGGAAACGUGCAACGCUACAUAAUUAUUGGAGGGAUAGAAAAAAAGUGCUUGUAUUUGUGAACAUAUUGAGCUGAUUAUAGUGUCCCACUUGUCUGAAUCCAUGUAAUCAUUUCAUUCGAUUUUUUUUUAUAAAGUCACUUGUAUAACAUUA